AUGCAAGACCAAGAUUCAAUGAACACUCAGAUAAUGAAGUUGAUUCAACAAAAUGAGACGCAGCGAGUUCUGUUGAGUGAUAUCAAGACGUUCUUACAAUCUCAGCAAGAUCAUAAUCACCAAGCACAGAAUGGAAAUGUCGCAGUAGCUAAAGAUUUGAAUGAUAUGGUACGUGAAAACGACGAACUUCGAAAACAAAAUGAAGAACUAAGAAGAAAGGUCGAUCGUUUAGAGAAAACUCUACGGGAUCUGAAUCUUCCGACCGAUAACGAUGGUUCUGAAAAUGUCAAAGUUCCGGACGGAUUCUCUGAUAUUACAAAUAACGCUUCAAAUGCCCUUUAG